UAUAGUGAAACUAAAAGGCAAAGAGAGAGAAAACCAGAGAGGAAAGAAGAACGAAAACAAAGCUUUGAUUUUAGUUUUCUCUCUUUAUUUUGCCCCUUUCGAAACUUAGCAGGAGGGAGUCGGAAAUCCGGCACUCGUGAAUUUACCGUUUUACCCCUUUUCUUAAUCGGACGAUGACCGAGAGGCCGCCGCAUACGGCGUUCCAAUUGGUUUUCUGUAGGGUUUCAACUCCAGCACAGUUUUAUUUUUAAAAAAGAAGGGAAAAAAACUUUCUUUUUUGGUUUUUGUGUUUAAAUCUGGGAGAAUAUUUUGUGCCGUCCGAUUCGAUUUCGAUCAUGGUGAUGAAAGCAUGGAUGGUGGUGGAAAAAGGGAGGAGAAUCGUACGGACGGCAUUUUUCAUGGUGGCGAUGUUGGCGUCCCUUCUAGCAUCGUCUCUGCCGUUGCUGGUAGCGAUAGGCGACAUCAUGUUCCCUUUCCUUCUACUCUCGAGCUUCACGUGCGUCACGUGCUACGGUUUCAACGAACACUUUCGUCGUUACGCUUUCAAAAACUCUUUAAUCGAUAUCCCUCUCGUCUCCAUCCUCAGAUCCAUCAUCAUCACUUGUGUAUAUUCGAUGUGUGAUGCUCCAGCUUUGUCCCAUGGACCUUACUUAGGAACAGUUACUUUAUGUUCAUUCGUUUCGAUUCUUGUACUUUCCGUUAAAGCUUGUGUUUUUACGGUGAAUUCGCAAAUAGAGGCAGAGGCAUCGUCGGCUUAUUCGUUGGCAAGGCAAAGGCUUCAUUUGAAGAAAUCGUGGGGAAUGCCAGUUUUGUUUCUUUCGUCAGUAGUUUUCGCACUUGGUCACACUGUAGUUGCUUAUAGAUCAAGUUGUAGAGCAAGGAGAAAGCUUUUGUUUCAUCGAGUUGACCCUGAAGCUGUUCUUUCAUGCAAAAAUGUUUUCUCUGGCUUCCAAAAGGUUCCACGAUCUCCCACUCCCUCUGCAGGGAAAACUCCAAAAAGUGACACUGAAACAAGGCGAAAGGCUUUUGGGCAAUCUCAUGAUGAUGAGGAACUCCCUGUUAGAUUGCUUGCUGACAUUGAUAGCUUAUUCAUUACAUUGCAAGGGCUUACCAUUCAUUACAAGCUUUGCUUUCCUGGUUCACCCCCUAGGUCUUUGUCAUCUACUGCAUUUCUAGAACCUAAAUUUAGUUGCACACCACAAUUGGCUCCCGGAAAGCUAAAGCUCGAUAGGCAAGCACUAAGCGUGUUGUCGAAAACGCAAUAUCACCAUCUUCACAGGAGCUAUAGCAAUCAAUUUCACAGCUCUUCGCUUUAUGCUCCACUGUUGGAUGGUUCCCCAACCUCUCCUGUUCUUUCUGAAGAUAUUCCUGUUUUUUGCCUUGAUGAUCCAGUUGCACAGGUUGAGACAAGUUAUUUGAACUCUGGAACUCUAGAGCAAGAUAUAGAGGCAAAUGGCCAGUUUGGUAUUGUUUUAGUGCAUGGGUUUGGAGGGGGAGUCUUUUCUUGGAGACAUGUGAUGGGGGUUCUUGCUCGCCAGGUCGGUUGUUCAAUUGCUGCUUUUGAUCGGCCUGGUUGGGGAUUGACUUCUAGGCCAAGCCGGAAAGACUGGGAGGGAAAAGAGUUGCCCAAUCCUUACAAACUUGAAACUCAGGUUGACUUGCUUCUUUCCUUUUGCUCUGAGAUGGGGUUUUCUUCAGUGGUGCUCGUUGGACAUGAUGAUGGAGGCCUGCUGGCUUUGAAAGCUGCACAAAAAGUCCAAGCCUCAAUAAAUUCUUACAAUAUUUCAAUCAAAGCAGUUGUUUUGCUAAAUGUUAGCUUGUCAAGAGAAGUUGUUCCUGCCUUUGCAAGGAUACUCUUGCGCACUUCACUUGGGAAGAAGCACUUGGUUCGUCCGCUUCUGCGAACAGAAAUUACACAAGUGGUGAAUAGGCGUGCAUGGUAUGAUGCAACCAAGUUAACAACAGAGGUUUUGAGCCUCUAUAAGGCUCCACUAUGUGUAGAGGGUUGGGAUGAGGCACUUCAUGAGAUAGGCAGGUUGUCGUAUGAAACAAUCAUUUCACCACAAAAUGCGACGUCACUGCUAAAAGCUGUUGAAGAGAUGCCAGUAUUGGUUGUCGCUGGUGCUGAAGAUGCCCAUAUUUCUCUUAAAUCUUCCCAGGCCUUGGCUUCGAAACUCGUAAAUUCUAGACUGGUUGCAAUAUCUGGCUGUGGCCAUCUUCCACAUGAGGAAUGCCCCAAGGCAUUACUUGCAGCUAUUUCACCUUUCAUAAUCAGAUUGCUACACAAACCAGAAUUGCAAAGGCAGUAGGACACCUCGUUUCAACUUUACAUAAAUAGGAUUCUUAUCUAUUGUAGGUGCUUUCUAUCAUUAUCUCUCUUUCUUUUUUUUUUUCCUUUUUUUCAAGCAAUUUAUCCCGAAAUGAAGAGACAAAUUUGACCUCUUCUUUUGGGUAAUUUUGAUGUGUUCCGAGCCUUACCCUAACCCUAAUUAUCUGGGGUGUUUGUAGAGCUCUCACCUUUAGUUUUUUUCCUUGUGAUUUUUUAUGUUGAGGUUUAAAUUACUGAUGCUUGUUUCAACAGUUCCAGUUAUUUGCCACUUAAAAAGAGUGGCAAAAUGGCGUAUAUUUGUACAUUUAUGAAAAUUGGCAAUGGCAUUUCA